AUGGGCAAGCCAGUUCUAAUCAAUGACCAAGACUGCGACAUUGACCUGCCUUGUCCCGUGGACGAACAAUAUAUCACAGAAAGAGGCCCUAUCCCCGAAGGCCAGCAAACAUCGCCCCUUCUAGCAACCAUCCACGUCGUCCGUUCAAUCGGCCAACUCACGCGAACCCUCCGGUCAGCCACCAUCAGCCCCGCCACUCUCGAGACCUUCGAACUUCACUUCAACACCUGCCUCGCAACGUUCCCCUCCCAAUUUCACCCAAGAACAGACCAAGACCUUGACCCUCGCUCUCUCGCUCCAGUAAUAUACCUACAAAACGCCCGUCUCCUCCUCCACCGCCACAACAUCUCCCCUUUUUGCCCGGAUAUCGUCCGUUCUUCCGCCAUGGACUACUGUGUCUCCACAGCCCUCGACACAGCCAACAUCCUCGCCCGCUGCAUGCGCAAUUACCCAAACGCAAACGCAUUACCCCCAGGCCCAGCAGGAAACAACGACCCGCGCGCCCUCUUCGCCUCCGGCGCCGGCUCCCUCCUCUGCACACACAUCUGGCGCUGUACCCUCCUCCUCCUCUUCCGACAAGAAUUUGCCGGCGCGCUAGCCUGCGUCCAAGCCCUUGCCUCAAUCGGCGACGUCCGCACAGUCAACGCCGCCUGCGGCCGCUACCUCUCCUUCUUCCUCCGCCGUCUCCUCUCCCGACUCCGCCGCAGCGACGGCAUCGACCUAGAACGCGACGAGGAAAUGAUGGCCUAUGUCUCAGGCGAUAUGCAAGGAACCAGCGACGGAAGCUGGGUCUGGCAUGGCAGCGAAACAGGAUCUCAACUCGAAGCGAUGUCACCAAUGCGGUCAACGCCUGUUUCAGGGGGUCACCCAGCUCAGCACGAGCGCGACACUGAGUGGGAGGGAUGGGAGUGGAUUGAGAAAACUGUGCAAGAGCUCUUCACCGAGCAGCGGCAGAGGGCUUAUUCUCAACGAGAUACGCCUAUGGGUGGGCAGUCCCGCCAAGAGGUUCCUACGAAUUCGGGAUCGACUCUUGCGCCUGAGUUAGCGACUUCGGAUUCGGAUCGCAGGUCUAGCUCGGCGCAUUCACGCAUGACGAUUGCUAGCAUUAUUUGA